AUGUCGAAAUGGAUCAAGCUGCUUACACUUGUGGCAGCAAUCGAAGUUACUGCGCGCUCCAUCGCACAGACUGAAUCAAAACUGACCGGGCUCAGGCGAACAACAGAUGAUGAACCAUUGACACCGUCACGGGCAACAAGAGCACUGUUGAGCUUUUCGUUUGGUGAUGACGACAGCAACGACAGUGACUCAUCCGACUCGGACGAUGAUGAUGACAAUGAUGAUGAUGAUGAUGAGACCCAACCUCAGGUCUCGACCGUGGAUGUGCUACCAACAGUGAAGUUUCCACCCAACGUCAAGAUUGGCUCGACCGCCAACACUGUGGACAGAAUCGUGCCAACUUUCCCAAACUGGGUCGGUCCAACCAUUGGCAGGCCGUCGGAUCCAGCCUUUGACAAAGCGUGUUGGCGAAAGACUCACGUUAUGAAAACUUGUCCUUACGGGUUCGACCGGCACAUGAAGAUAUGCUGGGCUCAAUGUCCACUGGCAUUUCCGGUGCGAUGUGGCUUCGAGUGCAUCCGGCAGAGUGAUGACUGCGUCGCUGAGAUCUACGCCAAGUUCGUGAGUGGAGCCAACGCGUUCUUUUCCGUCCAGAUCAUGAACGCUUUCGGGGAAUUCUCCAAGCUGUCGAAACUCACGCGAGUCGGUAUCAAAUGCGCCCGAGCCAUGCUUGGCACCAUGCGAGCAAUGGUCAACUACAUGCGCGCAUAUAAGGUCUCGAACCCAGAGAUGCCGCGGGAACACAUUGUGCUGGCAUUGUACCAAACGAGCUACGUUACGAUCGACCUCCCUGUCAGUACGGUCAUGUGUAUGGGCAGAUCGUACAACUGGCAAGUCCUCGAUCCGCUCAGUGUUGUCAUGGGUUCUGUCCAAGUGUUAGUAGGCGAAAUCCUUGCUCGUCAUGAUAGCAUCAUGAGAUCCUGGGGUAAGUUCCGAGCUUUUCUUCUCCGCGCAAACUUCACGUAUGCGGUGAAUGACCUGAAUGAGACGGAAAUCUCGUCGCUCAAGACGGGCAUGAAGUCCAAAUCGAUGUGUGGGUACGAAUUGCAGCGCCUCACUGAUCGGACGUGGAGAACGAUUGCCGAGAUGAAGGAAGCGGAUCCGAAGAUCUCCAAAGACGACCUCCGCGUGGCUGUGUACAAGUCGGACCUCAUGCUGAAUGACAUCCCCACAGUCACGAACAACUGCAUGGACCAGAUGAUCAUGGAAUCCGACGAAAUGACAGCGUACCGGACGCGUGACACGCUGCGCAAGACGUACAGUGUGAUUGUCGAUGACUUGAUUGACAAGGGGAAGAGUGACAAUGGCACGUCUUUAUCGGCCAAGAAAUACGCUCGCGUCGUCGCGGACAAAGUUUUUAUGGCCAUUGCUACGGUCUUCUACAUUGAUUUAACGCGCAUCUCCGGUUUCAUGUCCGAGUACAUUCAAACGAUCUGCGGACCGACCCAAGUCAUUGGCGAGAUUGACGAUGGCACGGACCCCAAGACAUUGGGAUUCCGGACAGUUGGCGAUGUAUUUGAGAACAGCACCAUGUCGUGGAAGCGAAAGGGAGACGGGAUUGUCCGGAUUAACUUUUUCAGCACCGACACGAAGGACGUGACCGUCAACAUGAUCUCUGCAAGUGUCAAGUACGACGAAAAGUUUGUCCCAGCUGGAAAAAGUGUAUCAUGGACAACAACUGUCGAGCAGUUGGGAGGCAAGACCUUGUACCUUGACCGGUGGCGACCUGGCUUUCUCGGUCUCCCUGGUACUGGCGGUGGCUCGUUGGAUCUCUGGGUACCUCGAGCUAAGGAAGGUGGUCACUUGGAGCUAAACGUGAUGGUGAACGUGAGCUAG